CGCAUUAUUCGUCUAGGGAUUCUUCUGUGACGCUGAAUGGUAACCGACAGAAGGAGCAGUAGGGACAUUAUGUCUUUCAAUUUCGUGAAGAGAAUCAUCUUCAGUGCUGCCGCUGUCGCUGUCGCUGUCGCUGCCAUCCCGCCGCCAAAUCCGGAGUUCUUCGAGAUAACUCAGCUGUCUCUGCCACCCGCCAUCAAUACCACGAGUGUGGGCGCCUGCACAGCAUCUAUAAAUCCUCGCCGCACCGGCUGUAUCUACUACCAGGAAAACUACGACUUCCAGUCUGGCGACUUCACUCCCGAUGGCAAACACGUCGUUGUCAGUGUUAACUUUACCGGUGCUCCUGCCGCACCAGACCCUGCCAGCAUCUACUCCGGCGCACAGGUGAUACUUAUUACGGCCGAUGGCACCAACUUCCCUAAUGGCGAUAGCUGGAAGUGUAUGAGCUGUGCUGUGCCCACCCAAAACAAGCAAUCUCUCGAUCCCGUGAUCGACUAUCCCCACGUCUUCCGGAGUGGCACCAAGAUCUUGUGGGGACAUAAUAUCCUCGACUGCAAUGGCCAACCGCUUGCUGAUGAGUCGUGCACGCCUACCCGCACACAUAUCUACCCUAUCUUCUGGCCCGUCUCCACGAAUGCCUUCGCAGCCGGCGGAUCUCCGCGUGAGAUGCGUCUCCAUCCAGAUGAUACGCACAUUUUAUGGAGUUCCUUGUCCAACAGCGGUCAAUCCACGUUCACGGGGAAGCUCCAAUUCAAUGCCAGACCCACUAACGGGUCCCUUCGCGCCCCACGUUAUGAUCUCAUUCAAGUCAACGUCCUAGCCCGCGCCAACAGCACCCCUGCUAUCUAUGCGGACGGCAAUCAGAUCAAGAUCAACCCCCAGCCUCUCUCACUCGGCGAACUUCGUGGCUGGUCUGGCAAUGGAGAGGAGAUCAUUUAUCUUGGUUCCAACGUCGAGGCUAACAACGUCGACCUCUACGCCAUUCACGUUGUGACUGGUGCGAUUCGCCGCAUUACUAGCCACCCCGAGUAUGCUGAUCCGAUCGUAUCGUCUCCCGAUAAUCGAAAUUAUCUCAUCAUGGACACCCGCGGCUCAAAUCGUCAGAUGUGGAUGGCCGGCAUGCGCGGUAUCCCCCCUAUCAUAGAUAUUGUGGUUACGCUCCUCGCAGUGUCGACCCGCAACAAUGGCCCGCGUCGCUUUUUCCAGCCCAUUCUCCUCGACCAGUUCGGCGAUCGCAGCGAUAUCGACUACUAUGGCCAACGUAUUAAUACUGAAGGCGACCUUUCUAAUGGCUCUGUCAACGAUCCAAACUGGAACGGCCGCGCCGACGCCGGUUUCUCUCUUGAUAGCACCAAAAUCGUGUAUUGGCAAGCUCUUGUCACAUCUCCUGCCUGUGGCGGCGUCAACCCGCUCAAGUGCCCAGCCUCCACGGCCCAAGGAGGUAGCAACUAUCGUGUUAUGCUCGCAAAACGCACCAGCCGUGCACCUACAAGGCCCGUCCCAGUCUUUAAAAUUCCUGACAUCAUCCCCUGGGCAACACCCUUCCCACCCGGAGCGUCUGUCCCUGUCGAUAAGACACUUGCACCUGGGGACUAUACCCUCUAUGGCAAGGCACAUGGCUUCGCGAAUGUUACGCUUACUUCGUCGAGCGUCGCUAUUAGAUACUCCAACUUUAGCGACGACUAUCGGCACAUCAUAGACGGAUACGAGAACGCUACCUCAUCGGUUAAGCCCCCAAAUUACUAUGACGUUCAUGUCGACUGGUUCUCAGAUAUAUUCCAAUCUGGUGCCGUAUUUGGUACUAAGAAGACGAGCCCCGGCGGGUUCCAUGCAGAAAUAGAUGCAUUUUUGAAUAUUUUCUCCGCGAAUGGAUCACUUACGACGACGAUCAAUGGAGUGGAAUAUUUACAACCCCUUAAUUUUUCUUAAUAGAUAAAAUAAUUAAGAUGAAACUAAGUUAUUGUUAGCUUUAUAAGGGCUCGAGUCUUAGAAGGA